AUGGCGUUCGACGACUGCCAUGUCGGCUUGCUUUCCCCAUGCAGCCGCCGCCACACGCAGAUCCAGAGCGCCGAGGAGCCGCCCUCCGCCAGAGAGAAAUCCCACCGCCGCCGGCACCGCGCGGGCCUUGCCCGGCAGCACGCGCCGACGGCGGCUGGGGAGGAAGGAGGUGGUGGGGAGCCGAGGCCUGCUAGGGUUGGGGCGCCCCGGUGCCGCUCGGGAGCGGCACAUGAGCGAGAUCCGUUUUUCCCGUCCUCGGUGGGUCUAGUUAACUGCUCCUCCUUCUGUUUCAGUCUCAUCUCCCUUCUUUUCCUUCGACGAUGUGGCGGCAGGGCAAGACGUGAUGAUCGGCGUUCGGCGUUUGACGGGAGGCCGCGCAACAACGAGCAGGGUGAUCAGGGCUUUGCAGAAGGCGGCGUGAUAAGGAGCAGGUUAUUCCUGAUCUCCCGAUGACUCCACGUGAGGCGUUGAGCUUGUAAAACUAGUACUGGUAGUGCUUGUUCCCUCUUAUAAUACACAUGUACUGCUUUGCGAUGUCGGCAAGUCGGCAUGACUGGUUCUUAUGUGAUAUGUUCCCUAUCGUGUUCAGAAAAAAUGUGUUCUUUCAAAGUUACGGUGAAACUGUACAAAUAAUUCUGGGCAGCUCUUGUUUCUGAAUCCAUGCUAAUGUAAUGUCAUGUUAAUA